GGUGAUUUGAUGGUGGACCAGAAGAAGAGGCUGGUGGAGGUGCCAUACACGGCGUCUUUGGCUCACACCAUGAACACCCUGGUGGCCAACAAGGUGGUGGCGGUGCCGGUGGCUGCGCCACCGGGUCAGUGGAUAGGAGCUGGAGGGUCAAUGAUUGUGGAGUCUGAUAAGCAGACAGGGGCUGUGAGGAAACAUUACAUUGGGAUGGUGACAAUGCUUGAUAUUGUGGCACACAUAGCUGGGGAUGACCAUUUGAGCGGUGGUGGUGGUGGUGGUGAUGGCACCGAUGAUCUUGAUCAGAAGAUGUGUGUCCCUGUUUCCUCCAUCAUUGGUCACUCCUUUGAAGGCCUUAGCUUGUGGACUCUCAAUCCUAAUACCAGCCUGUUAGAUUGCAUGGAAGUGUUCAGCAAAGGGGUGCACCGCGCUAUGGUACCAAUCGACAGCCAUAUGGAGAACGUGUCAACUGGAGUGGAACUUGUAGAAUCUGCUUCAGGCUACCAAAUGCUCACUCAAAUGGAUGUGCUGAGAUUCUUGAAAGAUCAUGCAGGGGAAUUACAGAGCAUUCUGUCAUGCUCUGUUCAGGAUUUGGGAGCCAACACUGAGAGAAUCUAUGCCAUCACUGAUAAAACAAAACUCGUGGAUGCCAUUAAGUGCUUGAAAGCUGCAAUGCUAAACGCUGUUCCUAUUGUUGAAGCCUCUGAUCUCGGUGAAGAUGAUCACAAGCAGCAUAUAAAUGGGAGGUGCAGGAAGCUUAUAGGUACAUUCUCUGCUACUGAUUUAAGGGGAUGCUACUUAGCCACACUGAAGUCAUGGUUGGGAAUAAGUGCACUUGCAUUCACUGAAGAAAUUGCAACUAGUCCUCUGUUCACAGCAUCCGACACACAGAACACAGGUACCUCUAAAAGGGAGCUUGUGACAUGCCAUGCUGAAUCACCUUUGUCUGAGGUAAUUGACAAGGCUCUCACAAAUCAUGUUCAUCGUGUUUGGGUGGUGGAUCAAGAGGGUUUGCUCAUGGGGGUUGUGUCUCUCACAGAUGUAAUUAGAGUUAUGAGGCAAUCUAUGCUAUCACAAUUAGAUGAUAUGGAACAAGCAUAGUUUUGUGUUAACAAGCAUAGUUUUAUGUAGUCUUUGAUGUUAUGACAAUUUUAACAUGUUUGUAAUGCUAACGAACUUUUUGUAUUUAAGGUGAGAUAUACUUUCACCUUGUGAAUUAUGGUUUGUUCUUUCAGCAUGAAAAUGGGGAACCAGCUCUAUAACUGUAUUUAUAGAAGUA